CAAAAAAUUGCAAAAUUCACCCACAGCAACUACUACGGGAUUAUUGUGCGUGUUUUUGUUGUGUGUCCCCUUUAAUUAUCUGUGUGCAAAAAAGAAAAACAUCAAUUUAAUCUUUGAAAAGUUGGAAAAUUAGACGAAAAAAAUGACGAAUCGCAAUCGGACAACGGGCAAAAUCGAGACGACAAUUGAGAUAUUUCGCACAGAGGGCAAAUGGCUGAAGGUGAUUGAGUUGGCGGAGGAACUGAAAGCUGGCUCGCCAAACAAUUCAUGUUUGGGAAACUUUUUGAUUGGCGAAGGACGAUUGGAGAAUUAUUUGGAGGAGAAUCCACCGACGGAGGAAAAUUUUGGGAAAGCGCAGGCGGGGCUGCAAGAGGCAAAACAGGCCUUGUUGUCUGUGACGGGUGAUGAGGGACGAAAAGCUGGCAUAGCACUGGAUUCGCAUUUGUUGCUGGCUAAGCUGCUAUAUUGUUGUGGGCAGUAUGACGAGAGUUUGGACCAUUUUGUCAAGGCUGAGUUGAAUACUUUGGCGGAAAAGCCGUUAUCGUCUCGAAGUUUGAGGAUAUUAGCUGAAUCGUAUGCCAUCAAAGGGUUGUGUUUGGAAAGCAAGGCGUCAAAAGCGUCAUCAAAGUUCAAAAUAGCCGAGCAAGAGAACGAAAUGAUUUCUUGCUUCGAAAAAGCCUCCGACCUGGGUCUGCUCUAUCUGCAAGGACAGGACUCCAAUGCCCAAAUUUCCAGUACUGGCACCCUCACGACAAACAGUUCACAAUCAUCGGAGCCACGUCGCAUGGGAACAAUUCUCGAGACGAUUCUCCAACGAGCGCCCAUCAUUCUCAUCAAAUCAGGCAAACUGAUGGAAGCGAUAAAUCGUUACCGCACCUUGUUAACGGCCUGCGAAACACGAGCGACACAAUCACUGCGACUCAUCUUGACGCGCCAACUCGCCGAAGUGCUUUUGCGCGGCGUAUCCGGACAACUUUACGUACCACCGACAGGUCUAUCGCCAUCGAAAAAUUCCACGCUCAAACGGUUGUGGGAGCCAAAACGCUAUACGCAACGACAACACUUCAUUCCGCGCAACCUCGAAGAAGAGACAAUCCUCUUGCUGCUAAUUGCCGAGUCGCUGGCCGUCAAAGAUGCCGUUCUCACGCAAAGUCCGGAGGUGCAAAAGGAACGGGCGCAUUCGCAACGACAAGCCGACGCGGUAUACGAUUUGAUGUGUUUGGCGGUUGCGCGAUGGGGCGAGAUCCAAUUUCUGUGUGAGUCCUUCGAGAAAGCCUUAAAGUUCUCGUUUCGCGAGCAACAUGUGUGGAAGCAAUAUUGUCUGAGUCUCACGGCGCUCGGACGACACGGGCAUGCGUUGCGGGCGCUGCACGAAACCAUUCCGCUCGAUCGUGACAAUAGUUUUCUGUAUUUGAUGGCGGCGCGUUUGUGUUUCGAGCAUCUGGACAAAGUGGAGGAAGGUCUGGAUUACGCCAACAAAGCUCUCAUGAAGGAGCAAAAGGGUCGGAGACCGUCGCGCGCUCAACUUUACGUCGGAAUCGGCCUUAUUCAGAUUGCAGCGUCGUCCCAUCUCAAAAGCGAUCGUGAUCGGUACAACAAAUUGGCGCACGAAGCCCUGGAAAAAGCUGUGCAAGCCGACUCGAAUGACCAUUUGGCGGAAUUUUAUCAGGCUUACUACCAUGCACGCAAUUAUAACAUUCCCGAAGCCCUCAAUCACAUCCGGUUGGCGUUAUCGAUGCGUGCCGAACACGAACACAGUCUCCAUUUGUUCGCACUUUUGCUGACGGCAAACAAGAAACCGCGCGAAGCAUUGGCCGUUGUCGAAGAUGCGCUCGACGAGUUCCCGGAAAACCUUCAUUUGCUGCAUUUGCGAGCGCAUCUCGAACUUUAUUUGCAAGACGUGGAAACGGCGCUGGAAACUAUGCAGAAAAUGUUUGCGGUGUGGCGCCAAUUGUACGAGUCGCAGGUGUCGGGAAGCAGUGAGCACGAUACGAACGAAAGACAUUCGGAGACAAAAAGUGCCGUUUAUCAGAUGCAUACUUCGCAAAUGUCCGACAAAGAUUCAAAUUCCGUGCAUGCUGCUUCUCUUGUGGCAUCAAGAAUUGAACAUGCGUUAUCCGAAGCUGCCAGUUCUCUAAGUUCCUUUAGUCCGAGACCCGGACCACAAAAACCGUGGAUGAUUCAAUUGAAGAUUUGGCUCCUACUUGCCGACGUCUAUUUAGCAAUUGAACAACCACGCGAAGCAAUGAAUUGUCUAACGGAAGCCAAUCUCAUCUAUCCAAUGUCUCACCAAUUAAUGUACAUGAAAGGACAAGUCCACGUCUAUCUCUCUGAAUGGUCUGACGCCAAGCAAUGUUUCUUGAAUGCCGUUUCCGCAAAUCCAUAUCACACCGAAGCUCUGUGCGCAUUGGGAGAAACCCACUUAGCGUUAGGCGAACCACGUUUAGCGGAGAAAACGUUAAAAGAUGCAGCUAAAAUCGAUCCUAAUUGUCCGAAAAUUUGGCACGUUCUCGGUCAAGUAAUGGAAAAUUUGGGAGACUACACUGCCGCUGCCGAUUGUUUGGCCACCGCUUUGACCCUAGAACCAACUUGCCCGACACUUCCAUUCACCUCAAUCUCGUUGACGUUCGAAUAAAUCACAAAAAACAAUCGAUUUUAGUUCUUUAGAAGUAUUAUUUUGUUUCGUCCAGCAAUUUUAA